AUGCAAUUAUCGAUCCUGCUCACAACUACAGUAAUCGCUGCCAUUGUUGGCUUCUCGUCAGCUGCUGAAGAAAAGCCAAAACUUACCGCCAAGUCGGAAGGAGUGCUCGCAGAAAUCAGGUCAUUAAGAGAUCAAGUGAAGAAGGAGCUACAAAGUAUAGACGACAAGGAAGAACGCGAGCUAGUAGAAACCCUGUUUAUCGAAGGACAGGUCAAAGCUUCUAAAGAGGUUUCCCGCCAGAGACGAGCAACUCCCAAAGAUAAGGAUGCUGUUAAGGCUAAGACGUUACGAAAAGCACGUAACGCUCGCAAAGCUCGUCAGAUUCGUAAGGCUCGUCAACAGCAAGCAAUCAACAGGCGUGAAGCUAAGAUUCGCCGAGCUCGUGCUCAGUCUCGUGCUCAGCUCAGGCGCAUCCAACGCUCAAAACGACUCCGCUCUCGAAGACGAGCCGCUGAAGGCAAGAAGGUCGACGGGACGAAGAAGGAAUGA